AUGGUUAGAAGAGUCCACUUUAAACCCAUUAGAGCUCCACAACUUUCCUAUUGUAUCCUGCAGGCAAAACCAUCGGAUGAGAACUAUCUUGCCAUUCCAUGGGUAUCACAUACAGAUGCUCCCCUUGCCUUUAAUUUCCUACUUAGAUGGACUAUCUUCCGUCAGCAUGUAGAGGUGUUCUUCCAUGAUCUGAAUCCUCUUCAGCCUCCUCUAGUUGGCUCCAUGGAUCCUCGAAAUUUUGUUCCACCACCACCAAUGCCUGUUCAAUUCCGACCAGUUGUUCCAGUGCAGCCACAACAAUUCAUUCCUGUGAAUUCUCCACACUUUCAGCCUAUUGGACGAGGUGUCACUGUGAUGAAUGCGGGAUUGCCUCCUCAACCCCCACAACCUCAAUUUCCUCAUUCAAUGCAGCAGUUACCAGCUAGACCUAACCAGCCAAGCCAUGGUCCACCACCACCACAGGCAAUGCAAUUGCCAAAUGCUCAGCCAAACAGGCAUGUCAUGUCUGGAUCUCCACUGCCUCCACCUAAUAUUCAAACUCCAAACAACUACAUGCCUGGUUUAGGUGGCCCAGGAGUGCCUCUGUCUUCAUCUUAUACUUUUGCACCGUCUUCAUAUGGUCAACCACCAGCAACCUUUAACACUGUAACUCAAUAUCAGCCUAUGCCUCAAAUGCAUGCACUGGCUAUUCCCACUGGAGGACAGCCUGGAUUAUCAUCCAUGAACCAGAACACUGCACCUGUUAUGCCUAUACAGCACAAUGGCGAACAGUCUUCAGUUACCACUGCUAAUGUUCCGGCAACAGGUAUCCAGCCUAAGCCGACUGAAGAAGUCUUGACAGAGUGGAAAGAACAUACAUCUGCUAAUGGAAGGAGGUUUUAUUACAAUAAGAGGACAAAACAAUCUAGUUGGGAGAAGCCUUUUGAGUUAAUGACACCAAUUGAGAGGGCAGAUGCUUCAACUGACUGGAAGGAGUUUACGAGUCCUGAUGGACGAAAAUAUUACUACAACAAAGUUACCAAGCAGUCAAAAUGGGAAAUCCCAGAAGAAUUGAAGGUGGCUCGUGCACGAGUAGAAAAGCCAUCUAUCAUGGAAACACAAUCGGAAGUCUUUGCAAAUUCUCAUGCCCCUACUUCUGUUCUUCCAUCUGUGGAUAAGACACCAUCUAGUGCAGAUGCUUUGUCUUCUACAGCUCAAGGGGCACCAUCGAGUCCAGUUCCUGUUAAACCUGUUCCUGCUGCUGGUAAUUCAGAAUCUCAGUUAGCUUCUGAUUCAUCACCCUUACCUGUUAUCUCCUCUUCCAUGACGAGCAACGCUGAUGAAGUUCAGACAACUGAGAGUCCUGUUGCUGAUGUUCCAAAAAGUGCUGAAGUCACUGCCACAGCAGUCAACACCAUAGCUGCACCAAUGAACAACAACUUUUCAGCUCUAAAUAAACCCAGUUCAGCAGAUGAUGCUCCUGCACAAGAUAAACAGGAAGCUGAAAAAGAUAUGGUCAUAGAUGAAAAGGUUAACAAUGUUACAUUGGAAGAGAAAUCAGUUAAUCAGGAGCCCUUACUUUAUGCUGAUAAGCUGGAGGCAAAAAAUGCAUUUAAAGCACUUUUGGAGACUGCAAAUAUUGGGUCUGAGUGGACCUGGGACCAGGCCAUGAGAGUAAUAAUCAAUGAUAAAAGGUAUGGUGCAUUAAAAACACUUGGAGAGCGGAAACAAGCAUUUAAUGAGUUCUUGGGUCAGAAGAAAAAACAGGAAGCUGAGGAAAGGAGGAUUAAACAGAAAAAAGCACGGGAAGAAUUCAAGAACAUGCUAGAAGAAUCCAAAGAGCUGACAGCAUCCAUGAGAUGGAGUAAAGCAGUGACUUUGUUUGAAAAUGAUGAGCGAUUUAAAGCUGUUGAGCGGGAAAGAGACCGUAGGGAUCUGAUUGAAACCUACUUGCAGGAACUUGAAGAAAAGGCAAGCACCCAGUGGAGAAAAGUACAAGAUCGGUUAGAAGCUGAUGAACGAUGUUCAUGUCUUGAAAAAAUUGAUCGCCUAGAAAUUUUUCAGGAUUAUCUACAUGAUUUGGAGAAGGAAGAAGAGGAGCAAAGGAAGAUACAGAAGGAAGAACUGAGAAAGGCAGAGCGUAAAAAUCGUGAUGAGUUCCGCAAGCUACUUGAAGAACACGUUGCUUCAGGCACUCUUACAGCCAAAACUAACUGGCGUGAUUAUCACCUGAAGGUUAAAGAUUUGCCUGCAUAUGUGGCUGUUGCUUCAAAUGCCUCAGGUUCAACUCCAAAAGAUUUGUUUGAAGAUGUCACUGAGGAGCUACAGAAACAGUAUCAUGAGGACAAAAUUCGGAUAAAGGAUGUUGUAAAGUUGAAAAAGGUUCCUUUGGCAUCAACCUGGACACUUGAAGAUUUGAAGGUCGCUAUUAUCGAGGAUGUUAACUCUCCACCUAUAUCAGAUGUGAACCUAAAGAUGGUAUUUGAUGAGUUGCUGGAAAGAGCCAGAGAAAAGGAGGAGAAAGAAGCCAAGAAGCGUAAACGUCUUGCGGAUGAUUUUCUCAAUCUACUACAGUCUAUCAAGGAUAUAACUGCAUCCUCAAAGUGGGAGAGCUGCAAGGAAAUCUUUGAAGGUAGCCGAGAGUACAGUUCCAUUGGUGAAGAAGGCGUCUGCAGGGAAAUAUUUGAGGACUAUACAUCCCAACUGAAAGAACAGGAGAAGGAGAAUGAGCGGAAACGAAAGGAGGAAAAGGCAAAAAAGGAAAAAGAGAGAGAGGAAAGAGAGAGGAGGAAAGCAAAGCAUAGAAGGGAAAAGGAGAGGGGACAUGAAAGAGACAAGGAGCACACUAGGAAGGAAGAAGCAGAUGUUGAAAUUGCUGAUACAACAGAAACUCAAGUUUGCAGUGAUAAGAAAAGAUCUGGGAGUGACAAUAGCAGGAAACAGAGGAAGAGGCAUCAAAAUGCUGUGGAUGAUCUGGAUGAAAGUGAGAAGGAUUGGUCCAAGGGUUCCCAUAGACAUGGCAGCAGUGACCACAAAAAAUCAAGAAGGCAUGCUUCCACCCCUGAGUCAGACAGUGAAAGUAGGCACAAGAGACACAAGAGAGACCACCGUAAUGGUUCUCGCAGAACUGGUGAUCAUGAGGAUCUUGAAGAUGGGGAAUUUGGUGAGGAUAGGGAAACUCGGUAG